CGAUGUCUAAAGAUCCAAAAUGGCGUCUGUAAUUUGACAAUGUGAUUCCGAAAACAAAAACAACUUAGUAGCCAAUGCUACGCAAGACAACGAGUUUUAUUCGUGAAGGCAUUCCGUCAAGUGUAUGUGACAUUGCUUUAUACAGUGUAUGAGGAAAACAUGAACCCCAGCUUCGGUCGAGGCCGUGGACGGAGACUUCAGUUGGGCAACUCCAGCUCAAACUCCAGCUACUUAGCUCGCUAUGGGUACCAGUCCCUGUCAGAGGAUGCAGUCAGCACUGAUCGGAAAGAGAAGUCCAGUCAAGAGAAGGCAGGUCUCUCCAGAUUGGUUGGAGCUUAUGAUGACUCAGAUUCCGAAUCGGAGCCUGAAGAUGAACCUAGCCAGCAGCCAGCUCAGUCAUGUGAGCCACCACCGACAUUGCCCCCAGUUCCUGUUGCUGUGGAAACAACCCCCCAAUCAAAGAAUCCUGGAGAAGGCCAGGCCAUGGACUGCGAGGUUGCCAACUUCUUAGCUGAAAUCAAUGCCAUAUCAAGUGACAACCCAGCCGUGGACCAUAACGACAUCCCACUACCCCCCGGAGCCUUCAUUCCCCGGGACCAGACCGCCGAGGUGAUGGCAGAGAAGGCUGUUCAGAGACUCCAGGCCGAGGAAGCCAAGGUCGAACCCAAGCCAACCAAGAAGACAAGCAGCUAUUCCAUGUUUGUGAAGGGAGGCUCGGAGCAGCUUGGGGACAAGAAGUCCUACAUGUCCAAGUUCACCAAGGGGGGUGUGGAGGUGCUGGGACUGACGGCAGAGAGCAAGGUGGUGGCGGAUGUGAAGGACGAAGAGUUUGAGCUGCCUGAAGCCCCGAUGUCUGUGUGGCAGCAGUGUCAGGACGAGAACACCAAGUACGUUUACUACUGGAACUACGUGACGAACGAGGUGACAUGGACAAUCCCCAUGGACUAUACCCAGUACCUCCUGUUGAUGAAGGAAUACGAGGACAAACUGGCACGCAUACCCGAGGAUGUCCGCAAGAGACUCGAGGCCAAGAAGACUGCCAGUGAAAAUCAACAGUCCCAUCAAAAUGGAAAAAAACAAGAAAAGGAGGAAGUGAGUGACCCUGUGGCCAUUGCUCCACAGUUACCUCCCCUUACAGAACAGGAUUCCAAAUCUUCCAGCCCAAGCCAGAUUGUGGGACCACAGCUUCCACCUGCUAGAGUAGACUCUCCACAACCAGAGGAUCCUGAAAAGCUUAAAUCCAAACUCAAAAAGUCCAAAAAGACAUAUGGGCCUGUUCUUCCAGAGAGUAUGGACGUUGCAAGUACCAAACCUCAAAAACAAGAGGAAGAGGUUUCCUCAAAGCAGAACCCCAAUAUUCUGGAGGUGGACAUGUUUGUGUCUGAACUUUUGGGUGGCAAGGAUCAGACUGGUGGCAGUAGUGUCUUGAAGAAAGAGGGAAAGAAGAGUGAAGACAAGGACAGUAACCAUGGAAAUGGAGUCAGCUUGCCAAAGAAUGGAGUGAAGAAGGAAGGUGGUAAGGAGGGGGAGGAAGAGGACUUCGACAUCGAUGACAUUGAUGCAGCUCUGGAGCUGGCUCUGGAGCGCAAGACAGCUGAACUGAAGAAACUCAACAGACUUGAAACCAAAGACAGCAAACACUCCAAAUCCAAGAAACACGACAGGAGAGAUAGAGACAGGAAGAAAGACAAGCAUCGGUCGGACUCCCACAAGUCGGAAUCUCGACACAAGCACGACAAGUCAGAGACCAGACACAAAUCCGAGUCCAAACAGAAACGAUCUUCACGCCAUAAUUCCGGAGAACCAGAAGAGAAGACAUUUCCAGCAGAGAGCCAGCCUAAGAAGGCAAGGCUUGUGGCAGCAUAUGAUGAAGACAGUGAGGAGGAGGAUGCCAGCAUGAAGACCCCCCCAACCCCGGCAGAGCCAGUGAAGCAGGAGUCGGAGGAGCCCACGGAGGAGGAGCAGCCGAAGGAGGUCCCGGUGCCGCACAUCGUCAAGGUCAAGGAUGAUGUGGAGGAUGUGGCCAACAUUGCCCUGGGCAAGCUGGAGUUCCUCGAGGUCACCAAGAAAGGCUUGUCCAAACUGCAGGUGCUCCUCCUCGAGUUGCAGACUCGCUUCCGUGACUGGCAGGAUGGUGGCCUGGACACAGAGUAUUUUCUAUGUCGUCUACGCGAAGCCAACAGGCAAUUGGAGCAGUACGAACAGAGUGCAGUGCCCGCUGGAUUUUCGUGCCACUGGGACAGAAAUUUCAGACGUUACUUCUACACCAAUGAGAAAAAUGGCGAAUCUCAGUGGGAUUACCCCGAGGCAACACCUGCAGCCAAAUCAGUUCCCAGUAGCCAGUCCGAAGUGUCGUCUUCCAAUGAGCCAGCCAUUCCUGACGUGGCCCCACCGAGUCCGAAACCAAAGCCCCCACCCCCACCUCUACCCCCUGAUGAGGACGAGCCAGUGUUGUAUGGCCCCCAGCUUCCACCGACGACAACAGAAAACGUCACCCCGCCUAAUGAGGAAGACAAUCUUGCAAAUUCGAUUGAUGGUGAGCCCAUGGCACCAGAUAGUUCAGAUGAAAUGCCCUCUGAGCCACCAAAGCCCCCAGAGCUGGAACCGUCUGAACCUUCCGAACCUCUGAAAGAAGACUUACCUGUGUUUCCUGGAGAGCCCCCACCCCCAGGAACUGAAGUUCUGUUUGGUCUCCCACCUCCCCCGCCCCCCUCAGAACCCUACCCAGGGGACGACGACACCAGCUACAGUGUGGAUCACGACUCACCAGAAGAGGCUGACAUGGAUGUGGAUGAUCCAGAAACACCUGCUUCAACAGAUGCUGAAGACUGCGUGACGUCCUCCCAUCCAGACUACAUUCUUCCAUCCAUCCCUGUCUCAUCCUCAUCUGAUAUAUCAUCUGUCUCCCAGCACUCAUCAGAAGCUCUGGAGAGUGCUCCAGUGAUAUACCGGGCUCCUCAACUCAAUGUUGCUGCCUCAUCUUCAUCAAUAUCUGCCUCUUCAGUAAUAACUGCCGCUUCAUCAUUGAUCUCAGCUUCAGCGACUGCAGCAGCUCCUUCAUCGGUUGCGGCAGCUCCAGCAGUGAUCACAUCCCAACCUGUAACUGAGACCGUGGCUCCAAGUUCUGUUCCCCCAAGUUCUUUACCCAUUGACAUGUUCGCCAGCACUCCUGUAAGUGAGGAGAUCUCGAGCACCUCCUUGGCGGAACCCCCAGCUCCCCUGCCUGCGCCACCUGCACAGCCAGAAGCAGAGAAAGGCCAGAAGGAGAAGAAAAAGAAGAAGAAAGAUAAGUCCAUCAGCAGCAGCAGCCUGUCACUGAAGAAAAAGAACGUGUCAUCGCUGGUGCAGAAGUGGCAGCAGGUGAAGGUGCAGGUUGAGGAGGAGGAGAAGGUGAACGAGGAGCGACAGAAGGCCAUCAGACAGAAGCUGGAGGAGUGGAAGAGGGAGCAAGCACACAGCUGAGAGAGAAGAACAUUCUGCACACUGAUGUUGCUGUUUCCCAGCUCCUCUGUAUCUUCCUUGCAGUAAACACACAGCAACAUCUCCAACACGAUGGGGAAUGACUUGUCUCAUGCACACUGUCACAAUGGUUCCUAUGGAAUAAACGAAGCUCUAUAGUUUCUGGAAACUGGAAGCUCUAAAGCUUUAAAGUGUGGAUGACACAGGUUUACGUGCAAGGUGUCAGAAAAGAGGAGGAUGCACCCCUUGCAUGUCUUGGCUGCACUCCCUGCACCUCAUUUGGAUCCACCAAUGAGAUAUAGAUUGACAUAUUGGAUAUUCUUGCUGUGAACUGUAAUCUAGGCCUGGUUUGUUAGUGCUAUCCUCUGUCCAUGUUAUGAUACAGGAGUAUUUAUUACCCAAAUACCUUCAAACUAUAUGUUGCAUAAAACAAUAUUCUCUCAACCUGUUAAGAUCAUCCUGUUGCAGUUUAGUUGAAAUGUUGUUAAAUAGGAAUUAAUUCCAUUUGUUUUUCAUAUGUAAAGUGGCAUCUUUGAUGAUUGUGUAAAUAGAUGCUCAUGAUGUCAAUCACUGGAUUGUCUGGUCCAGGCUUGAAUAUUGCCAAGUGCGGUGUUAAAGAACAGCAAACAAACACAACAGAGUUACGACAUGUCUGAAUGCUGCCGAUGUGACUUUAAUUCAACUCACAUUACUCACUCACAUCAUCAGGGGAUGGAGGCAGGAACUGAAAGUGUAAAGAGUUUUGUAUGAUGUCCGCGUACAGUGAAUGCUGUAUAUGUGUUAUCAUCAUUGGGCAUGAAAAUACACAGAACAGAACUUGUUUUCUGCAACAAUG